AUGUCUCGAAAUACUGAUCAACUCGCAGAAUUAAUGACAGUCAUCUUGAGUGGCGCGUCUGCACUUCCGCGUGCAUUGUGCGAAAAGUCUUCAAGACAUUGCGAUACCGACCAUACAUUUCGUCAUGUACGAAACCACGAUGGCCAUUUAUUGCCACGAGAGAAUUUGUCGGGAAACCAUAUAACCUGGAGUACUUUGGGCACCUCAAGCAAGACUUGGGAGGUCUAUUGUGUGGCCGAAUGGGGGAGGUCGGGAUUUCAAAUGGUGGCCUAA